CUUGAGGGCUCGCGCAGACCGCGAGAGGAGAGGAGAGGAGGGGAGGGGGAUAGAGAGAGAAGAGGGAGGGAGCCCUAGCCCUGCCCCAGCCGGCGCAGGCGUCGCUAGGGUUAGGGUCUGGGUCUCCCCCGCCUCCCUUCCUUCCUUCCUGCCGGUUACGGCCUUUUCCCCUUCCGUCGUCCCCUCCCCCGAUCCGCGCGCGCCCUGCGGCGUGUGCGCCUCUCGGCCUCGGCGGCGCGAGCCAAUGCCGUGUGUCUGACCGUCGGUUUUGGCGGGAGUCAUCUGGAGGUGGGCCUCUUGUUGCUGCUACCGGAGGAGGGGGGCUGGGGCCCUGGCGCGGGCGUUUCUAAGGUUGUUUGGCGCGAGAUCCGGCGAGCGGCGAGAUGCAGCAGGAUCAGCGGAAGAAGAGUUCUACAGAGGCAGAUUUUUUCACGGAAUAUGGGGAUGCAAGUCGAUACAAAAUUCAGGAAGUUAUUGGCAAGGGAAGCUAUGGGGUGGUGUGCUCAGCGAUAGAUGUCCACACUGGAGAGAAAGUGGCAAUCAAGAAGAUACACGAUAUCUUUGAGCACAUAUCUGAUGCGGCACGGAUUCUCCGUGAGAUCAAGCUUCUGAGGCUGCUAAGACAUCCUGACAUAGUUGAGAUCAAGCACAUUAUGUUGCCUCCAUCGAGGAGGGAUUUCAAAGAUAUUUAUGUAGUUUUUGAGCUUAUGGAGUCUGAUCUUCACCAAGUUAUAAAGGCAAAUGAUGACUUGACGAAGGAACACUACCAAUUCUUUCUUUACCAACUACUCCGGGCUCUGAAAUACAUCCACACUGCUAAUGUUUAUCACCGGGACUUGAAGCCGAAGAAUAUAUUGGCUAAUUCCAACUGCAAACUGAAAAUUUGUGAUUUUGGACUGGCGCGAGUUGCAUUCAAUGAUACCCCAACAACAAUCUUUUGGACGGAUUAUGUCGCAACAAGAUGGUACCGGGCUCCAGAGCUCUGUGGAUCCUUCUUUUCAAAGUAUACACCAGCCAUUGACAUUUGGAGCAUUGGAUGCAUCUUUGCUGAGGUGCUGACAGGAAAGCCUUUAUUUCCUGGUAAAAAUGUUGUCCAUCAAUUAGAUUUGAUGACUGAUCUUCUGGGCACACCAUCCAUGGAUACAAUUUCUCGGGUUCGGAAUGAGAAAGCAAGGAGGUAUCUGAGUAGCAUGAGAAAGAAAGAGCCGAUCCUAUUUUCGCAAAAGUUCCCAAGCGCAGAUCCUUUGGCCUUGGAUCUUCUGCAAAAGCUAUUAGCUUUUGAUCCAAAGGACCGUCCAACUGCUGAAGAGGCAUUGGCUCAUCCAUACUUCAAAGGGCUUGCAAAAGUUGAGAGAGAACCAUCCUGCCAACCUAUCACAAAAAUGGAGUUUGAGUUUGAGCGUAGAAGAGUGACAAAGGAAGAUAUACGAGAGUUGAUAUUCCGUGAAAUACUGGAAUACCAUCCACAAUUGCUCAAAGACUAUACCAAUGGCACUGAGAGAACAACGUUUCUAUACCCAAGUGCUGUUGAUCAGUUUAGAAAGCAAUUUGCGCAUCUUGAAGAAAAUAGUGGAAAUGGCCCGGUAAUUCCAAUGGAUAGAAAGCACACUUCUCUUCCCAGGUCUACUAUUGUUCACACAACACCAAUUCCUGCCAAGGAGCAGCCCCGUAAUGGCCUAUCAAGGGAUAAACCUUUGUCCGAUGAAACCUAUAACAAUCCCCGGGAAUUUGACAGGUUUUCUGGCAGCGCGCCAAGGACCUCACAGGCUCCACAAAGAGUGCCAACAGCAAGACCAGGAAGAGUUGUUGGUCCAGUAUUACCUUAUGAAAAUGGUGCCGCGAAGGAUUCCUAUGAGGCACGGAGAUUGGCAAUGAACUCAGGGUAUCCUCCCCAGCAACAAAUCCCUCAAGCUUAUGGUUAUUAUCAGAUACCUGGUAAGUCAGCUUGCUCUGAGCCGUUGCAGGCUGAAAGGUAUACGCUGCACCAGCAGGCCUAUGCUUGCGCAAACAGCACCGCUGUGCCCGAUGUUGCUCUGGACAUGAGAGCACCCCCGUUCCAUCUAACAGGAGGGCCAAAAAGUGAUUCUUCUGAAAGGUUAGCAGCAGAGACAAACCUAUACACGAGAUCUCUUAAUGGCCUUGCUGCUACUGCCGCAGGAGUGGCAGCAAGUGCUCACAGAAAGGUCGGUGUUGUUCCCUACGGCAUGUCAAGGAUGUAUUAGCGCCCAAAAUCAUGGCACAUCCUACAUGCCUUAUCGGAGCUCCGAUGCUAGCCUGCGGCGAAUCACUGAGAACGAAGUGCAGUUCAAGCCUUGGGAGGGCACCAUGAUGUUCGGAGCACAGGGCGACCUGAGCUUGACGACGAUGACUCCAUAGUUGCAGUGGUGCACUGCUGCUACCGUUCCUGCUUGAUCAGGAUUCAGGAACCACCACCUCCGAGGUAUCUGCCUGUGUGUAAGAAAUGUGCCCUUCAUUGCACAAUUGAAGGGGGUAGUCCAGUGGCUUGUAAUCUGAGCUAUUUUAGGCGCCAUUUGUAUUUCUAGAGUGAGGGGGACAGAAGGGAAAGGAAGGAACACUAACAUCUUUUUUCUCCAAUGUUGUAUAGAGAUUUUUCUCAUAUCAAGGUGCUACAUCUGAAAUUACGAAUGACUUGAGAAAGAUAUAAAAGCGCACAGCUGCUCGGUUUUCAGUAGCUUUAUCGUGCGCACCAGAAAGA